AGUAGACUCGAGCUCAAGUUCGUUGCAAGGAGAAGGGAGUCGACAAACUUGUUGCCCACUUGCUCAUCAAGCCCGGACGAGAAGAUGCUACAGGUUGCAGCCGCCGCGUCUCCUGACGCAUUACUAGCUCUCCGGCCCACCACGGCCGCCGUCGUCAAUCUCCUCCACCAGCCUCUAAACCUUCCCUCUCCCCGCCUUCGCCACUCCGUCUCCUUCCACCGCCACAACAUCAGCACUUCCCACAGCACCCCUAGAAUCGUCGUAUGCCAUGGCAAGUUGGAUGGAUCGUACGGGGCGAAGCCCGAGCCGACGGAGAUGGGAGAAGCUUUCUUCGAUGGAAUUGGGGCGAUGAUGGAAGGAGGAAUCGACGAGGAUGGCUAUUAUGAUGAUGAUGACGACGACGAGACAGAGAGCAGUAUCGAUUUGUUCCUCAGAUUGAUGCAGAGCUGGUUGAAGAAAAUAUCCAAACGUGCCAAGAGGGCUUCUCGCUCUGUACUGCCCUCUGUUCUCUCCCCGCAACUGGUUUCUUUUGCGGUUGAUGGGGUGCUCGCUUUGUCUGUACUCUUCAUCUUCAAAUCACUUCUUCAGGUGUUUUGCACCCUUGGAACCACCAUCUUUGUCGGAGUCCUGCUCGUACGGGUUGUCUGGGCAGUGGUUUCCUACCUCCAAGCAAAUGGGAACGAUGAUGGAAGAAGCUUCUCUGGUACUACACGGGCAGCCAUGUAAUUAGCUUUUACCUAAGCAUCAGCAAGUUGCAACGCUGUACAGUUUUGAUGAGAUCAACAAUGGAGUCGUUAUGCUGCGGAAGGAAGCAAAAGGGUAUGAAACAAAAAGGGUUUGUACAGAGCAUGCAUACCAGGAGAGGAAAUCUCUAACAGAAACUUUCCUUUUACAACAAGAAAUUUAGACAGCUAUAGGACCAGGAGGAUCUCAUCUUAGCAGGUAUUACAACAGCAGGAGAAAAAAAAGUGAAGUCCAGCUUACAAACGAUUCUAUAUAUGUAUGAAGUAAAAGAAUGGGCUUUUCUUCAACGAUCAAACAACUGGAGAGAUCUCUGUUCGGGAUUCCACAGCUUUCAAUUCAUGUUAUGAUGUCGAAGUAGCUGUAGUGACAACAUAAUGCUCUCUUUAUCUUUUAAACCAGAACUUAGCUGCGUAUAAUGUAACUAACCCUCUGGAGGAUAUAAAGUAUCGUAUUGCUGCUUCUCUUAUUGCCAAUCAAUUGAUCACGAUCUUUCAAAACCGCCACCAAUCUGCAUGUGCAGCCAUUCAGGCGAUGCUCCCCGGCUGAAUUCCCUUGUGGUUUGUGAACCAUAACCUAUGCCGGAAGCAUCAAAUGUUUGCUGGCCAUACUGACAUCAAAGAGUAGCAGAAACUGAUCAAGGCUCAGAAAACAGCAAUAGCAAAGAGUGGUGGGCUGUGUACUAUAGCGUAGAAUCACAGAGAAAUGGCAUCCAGAGAAGAAA